AUGACAUCUAAACUUUUAUUCCUCUCCUUCAUUCUCCUCCUUUUGGGAAGUCUCCCAUCAAUGACAGAAAGUUAUGGUCGUCGAGAGAAGAUAUGUGGGAUAUCUUCUUUAAUUAGUGAAGAACUGUUUAAGACACUAUUUUUGCAUAAGGAUGAUAGUGCAUGUCCCGCGAAUGGAUUCUAUAGUUACCAGGCUUUUAUUGAAGCAACGAAGAGGUUUCCUAAAUUUGGGACGACGGGUUGUUUGGCCACAAGGAAGAGGGAGAUAGCGGCGUUUUUGGCUCAGAUUUCGCAUGAGACGACGGGCGGAUGGGCGACUGCUCCGGAUGGACCUUUUGCUUGGGGGUUGUGCUUCAAAGAGGAAAUCAGUCCACAAAGUAACUAUUGUGAUGAUAGUGUUAAGCAGUGGCCUUGCUAUCCAGGAAAGUCCUACAAAGGAAGAGGACCUAUUCAAUUGUCAUGGAAUUUCAACUACGGGCCGGCGGGGAAGGCUUUAGGAUUCGACGGACUGAAGAACCCAGAGAGAGUGGCGGAGGACCCAACGACGGCCUUCAAGACCGCACUGUGGUUCUGGAUGACAGAGCAGAAGCCAAAGCCAUCGUGCCACGACGUCAUGGUCGGGCAAUACGUUCCCACAAAGGCUGAUAUAGAAGCAAAUCGAACUGCAGGAUAUGGACUGGUCACCAACAUCAUCAAUGGCGGACUCGAGUGUGGGAUUGCAAAUGAUGCUCGAGUCAAUGACCGCAUUGGUUACUUCCAAAGAUAUGCUAAGCUCUUCAAUGUUGAUACUGGUCCCAACUUGGAUUGCCAGAAUCAGAAACACUUUUAGUUUCACUUUCAUUUUCACUUGUUUGUUUAUCGAUUGCCCUUUUUUGUCUUUGUAUUGAAAAAAUGGAGCAUGUAUUGUCCAUGGUUACACACAUUUAACACAAUAAUACAAUGAUACACAAUUUGGAUUUCA